UGUCGUGUCGUGGCGGAGAGCGAGAACUGUGGAAAACUGCCCCUCGCGCGUGUAAUAUUCGCGAUGGACGGGUGUUUCGGUCCGGGGGAUUUGGAGGCGCUUCAAAAUUUAAUCUGCCCGCCGAAGGACGACUCCGACGACGAGGACGAUCUACCGCAGGCGGGCGCGAGGAAGUUGGGACCGGGCGACAUCGGCGCACCGAGCGAUCCGGGGAAGGGUCGUUCGGGACCUCACGCACCCCUACGGGGCGCGGGCGACGAUAUUUGGCAUCCCUCGGAGGCGGUCGACACCCGGAGCUCCCAGGAUUACGACCCCAGGAAGGCGCCCGAAUACGAGAUGAAGUUUAAGCAGGCGGUGACGGCGGAAGACGUUUAUCUGGGAGUGGGCUUUAAGACGCCGAGCACGGCGUCCUGCGAGUGGCUGUCGGUGCUGGUGAAAUUGCCCCAGGAAACGCGGGAAAACGUGGAGCUCUCCGUGGAAUCCGAGGCGAUCGACGUGCGCAGUCCAAGAUACCGGCUGCACCUACCGACGCCGCAUCCGGUGGACCCGAACGCGUCAUCCGCCAAGUGGCACAGCGACACCUCCACCCUGGAGGUCACCCUGAGGCUCAAACGCGAGCUGGAUAACGUAAACUUUUGAUUCUGGACCGAUACAUCGUUAUCCUGUCGCAGCAACUCUUGAGAGGAUCCCCCGGACGAUCGUUCCGGCGUGUACAAAGUUACAGCGUCGUAAAAAAUUACGUUGCGAAACUGUGCGCAGUUUCUUCCUUUUUCUAAAGACUCCUCUUCCGCGACCCUGCCGUGGAAACUGCGGGGCGAUCUGUAAGAUAUACCGUCGAUUUUUACAGCGCUUCGCGAUUAAGUUAAGUUCGCGGAAAUCACGCUCGCGAUGCGUACAAUAAUGCGUCCAAUAAUAAUAAUAAUGGCAAUAAAGGUGCUUUCGUACGAAUUGAAUUGUAUCCAAGCGACGUCGUCAUAAAAUUUUACUUUAUCCUCAUUUAUUUUUAAAGUUUACGCAGAUACACGAAGUCGC